UCGCCCGCUUCUCGCGACUCGCGCGAUCUCUUUUGCGUUCGACACGGAGCCGCUCAUGAGUUAGUCGAUGUUUUAUGUAUGAGAGAUAAAUAAAACUCGAUCCCGCAGGUGAGACAGGUCUAUCGUUGCGAAAGUUGUUUAUCUGCCGGAAUAUAUAUAUAUAUAUGCUUUUGUUCACGAUCGCGGAAGAUAUGACUUGUAAACUUGCAGAAUUACGCUGAAUAAAGGAAGUAAAUUAAAAACCGUGCAACUAUACAAAGUUACGUAAUUAUGAAUAUCAAGUUACGAUUAAUAAUGCAAUAAUGCAUUGAUACGACUAGUAAUCUUGGAUAAUUUAUUCGACAACAACGCGAUACAGAGAAUCCAGGGGGAGGACGUUCAAUACGAAAAAUGAAAUUCUUGAAAAAUGUAGCGAUACGUUAUCGGUGUUAACUGCAAAGAGUUACGUCACGUCCAGGCUUCUUUUUAAAGAUGGGUACUCGGGAGUAUUGAGUUACAAAACAUCGCGUGACGGCCAAGCGACAGAAAGAUAAUAUUUACUCUCUCGUCACUUUCGAUUGUCGACUAAAAUACUUCGCGUGUGCCGAAGCGCCAGUAUGGAGACUGCGGGCAGCGUGCGGCGGGCGGCUUUUCCUAAUCUUGGAUAAGGGGGAGGCCCACUUCUCGCGCCCAGAUAUACUUCGUUUCCACCGGCUUAUUUUUAUACACCCGUCCGCCUUUUCGCGCGUAAAUUGGUCGCGGGGCAGGGAAGGGGGAUCUGUCGUUGUUGUGCAAAUAGAUCGCGCGCGCGCGUGCACACGUGCCGCUUAUUAUCUCACUUAUUAAUCGCUGAAAUAGUUUAUCUCGUCGAUCACCGAACCCGAACUUUUGUAACAAUUACUACAACAGUGUGACGCCACGAACGUCCUAGAUCGAGUGAAGAUUGUAGCUCGAGAGUCGACUUUUCGUCUAUACGAGCGUACCUGAAACGGAAAAAAAAUUCCCGGCACGUUCCUCGAGUUAUUUCGCGCGGAUAUUCUCAGGCAUGCAUUCGGGGAUGCGCUCUCAGGUGCCGGCGGGAAGAAAGCGGAUAUUCCCGGUAGUACGUCGUGAAGUGGAUCGGCUGUUCGACGGCUGUGUGAUUGAGAUCCUCUUCGUCCCGUGAGAAGGCUAGUGAUCCGCGAAUGCGAGAAUCAUGUUGCGCCGCGACGCCGCGAGACCGUUUUUCCUGCCGCGGCUGGCUGCCGCCCUGUGCCGAUAGUGAAUGUCCUUCCUGGGCCGAUCGCUGUUCCGGAAGUCGCCCGCUGGUAUGCAGAGUAAAAUGCAGACGUUGAGCGGGCUCGCCUUCGCGAACGUGUUCAGGAAAAAGGCAAACAAGGUGACCGGGGGACCUCCUGCGGGCAAUGCACCGCCUCCGCCUACACUUAUCAACAAAAUCAAGUAUCAACCCGGUGGACCCGUAAUCAAAAAGGAUAAACGGCAAAGCAGCUCGAGGUUUAACAUAUCGAAAAAUCGGGAACUGCAGAAAUUGCCGCUGUUGUCCGAAACACAACAGGGAAACGAACGGGAGGAACUUUUUAUACAGAAGCUACGGCAAUGCUGCGUCCUUUUCGACUUCGAGUCCGAUCCGUUGUCGGAUUUGAAAUGGAAGGAGGUAAAACGCACUGCCCUCCACGAGAUGGUCGAGUAUGUAACCAAAAACAAAAACGUUAUUACCGAAGCGAUAUAUCCCGAAGCGGUGAACAUGUUCGCCGUGAAUUUAUUCCGGACGCUACCCCCAUCAUCAAAUCCUAAUGGCGCGGAGUUUGAUCCGGAAGAGGAUGAGCCGACGUUGGAGGCGGCUUGGCCGCACUUGCAGCUCGUCUACGAAUUCUUUUUACGGCUGCUGGAGUCGCAGGACUUCCAACCGUCCAUAGCGAGACGUUAUAUAGAUCAAAAAUUCGUGCUGCAGCUCUUGGAGCUAUUUGACUCCGAGGACCCGAGAGAGAGGGAUUUCCUUAAGACGACCCUCCAUAGGAUUUAUGGAAAAUUCCUGGGGCUGAGGGCGUACAUUAGGAAACAGAUCAAUAAUGUUUUCUAUCGAUUUAUUUAUGAGACGGAACAUCACAACGGCAUCGCAGAACUGCUUGAAAUUUUAGGAAGUAUUAUAAACGGCUUUGCUCUGCCUUUAAAGGAAGAGCACAAGGUGUUUUUGUUAAAAGUCCUGUUACCCUUGCACAAAGCUAAGUCAUUAUCCGUGUACCAUCCACAACUAGCGUACUGCGUCGUUCAAUUUCUGGAGAAGGACCCGUCGUUGACGGAACCUGUAAUUAGAAAUCUGCUGAAAUUCUGGCCAAAAACACAUUCCCCUAAAGAAGUUAUGUUCUUGAACGAGCUUGAAGAGAUCUUGGACGUCAUUGAACCAGCUGAAUUUCAGAAAGUCAUGGAUCCAUUGUUCAGGCAAUUAGCCAAAUGCGUAUCAUCACCGCAUUUCCAGGUGGCGGAGAGAGCUCUCUAUUAUUGGAAUAAUGAAUACAUAAUGUCCUUGAUAUCGGACAAUUAUUCUGUCAUCCUACCGAUUAUGUAUCCAGCCUUUUAUAGAAACUCCCGCAAUCACUGGAACAAGACGAUCCACGGUUUAAUUUACAACGCCCUGAAACUUUUCAUGGAGAUGAAUCAAAAAGUAUUCGACGAGUGUACAACACAGUACUAUCAGGAGCGUCAAAGAGAACGGAAGCUCAUGAGAGAGCGAGAUGAAGCAUGGAUGCGCGUGGAAGCGCUCGCGAUGAGGCAUCCAAACUAUAAUAUUGCAAAUAAAGGUACAACGAAUAAUACAUCUUACACAUCACCACAACACAUAGAUAACUCACCGCCUGACGAAGACGGUGACCCGGAUCAAACUCCGCUUACCUUGGAGAAAAUCGAAGCUAAAGCUAAUGAGGCGAAGAAAAUGACAAACGUGAACAAAGUGAAACCGCUUUUACGAAGAAAGAGCGAUUUACCGCAGGAUUCGUACACAAUACGAGCAUUGUCCGACCACAAACGCGCCGAUGAAUACCUUGUUACGCCGCCAGAUCCCAAUAAUUGCUAGUCUCUACCACAACCCCUUCCCAUGUAUCCUCUGUUUUGCUGUAGCAACAUCGGAAGUUAGCUUUCUUUCUGGGGGGGAAAACGGCGAUAAGAACGUGAUUAAUUUGGCUAAAAGUCCCACUGUGCGAAAUCAGUGAUGGUAUUAUCAUCUCAAUGUAUAUCACAUUGUAUUUGCUUUUUUUUUAUAGAAGAAAGGAGAAUCCUAUUAUCCCGCCGCAUAUCGAUUCAAAGACAGAGUGUAUAGGUACUCGUAGAAGCUUACAGAAAAAAACUCGUUCUUCAUAGAAAUGCGUUGUAUUUAUUUCUUCACUAUGAAAGAAAAAAAAACAUUGCGGUUGAGAGGAACUGUAAUAGCAUCAUUUAUAAAAAAACGCGCAUGUAAUAAGCGAGAAGGGCCCUAAAUACAUUACUUAUAGAAUCGCCAUCACCGAAUCAGCGCUUUGAAGUGCUACCCUCUGCUAUGUCUCAACAAUAAGAUAAUAUAUGGAUAAUGUACGUAAACGAGAUUUCAUUGUGGAUACUACGGUUGUAAUGGAUUUGGUUCUAUUCUAUUCUACAAGAGAUUUUAUAUACAGAUGAGAGUUUAUGUACGGGAAUGUGAUCGCAAGAUAUACACGUAUCCUCUCGAUGUUGUAACCCAUGCUAUUGCGCUAUGCGAGCUUGUUGUGUUAACAUUCUUGCGAACGACGCGUUUCCAUUUAUGUGCAAAUGAUAUAUACAUAUAUAAAUAUAUACGUACUUGCUUUAACACUACAGGCUCGUUGUAGUACGAGGAGAAACAAAUGAGUCGCGACGAAGGAGAAGAAUACACGCCGGUGUGCGCGUUAUCUUAGGAUGUAUAUGAUAGUGCUAUUUUAAAAAUAAUAGAUUGCUACGAGAAAAUCUGGAUACUUCUGAGUGUACUACUUUUGUAUCUGUUGUGCCUAGAUGCCUGUGGAAAAAAAAAAGAAUAUGCCUCCGCGCGAGGCCUAUAUACAUUACGAACAGCAAGAUUAAGCAGCGAGUUUACAUGUCGCUUUGCCAAAUAUAAUCGAUAUUACAGAAUUUCAGUAAUGCUUGCAUAACAUGUUGUGUUGUUAACUCAUUGAUCUUGAGAUUAAUUGAAAGAUUAUACUGUUGCGGCCCAGAGGUAGAAGGGAGAGGAAUAAAAGAAGAGACGAAAGAGGGAAGGGUUAAAAUACAAUUUAGUCCUUGCGCUGCUGGCAGGUUGUUACGUUAAUAAUUGUCGAGGAUACCUUGUUGAACAUAGAUAUGAUAAGCACUUAUAUUAAAUAUUAGAAAUUAAAAUUACGGAGAUAGAUUUAAAGUUUAUUUACUUAUUAAUUAUUCCUAUUCGAAAGAGAGAGGAAUGGCCAUUUCAGCUAACUGAUCAUUAAUUAGUGGUAUAAAUAUCAUAUUAUUAUUAGUUAUUGUAUUAUUUUUAUAUAGUAACAAGACGAAUAAUGACGAAAAUAGGGUAAUAGUAAUAAUGUAGUAGCUGGUACAUGUGGCAAAAUGCCUUGAAUCCGUUUAGUCUAUCCGGAAAUCUACGUUUUUCCCAAAUUAGAUCGAUAAUAAUAAAUAAAUCGUGCAUUUCUUAGAAAAAAAAUACCGUCACGUGUCAGAGGAAGAGAAAGAGAGGGAGAGAGAGAGAGGGAGAGAGAAAGAAGACGAGAAUUCUUAUACGCUGCAUGCAGCAACUCGAAAAGACAUCGAAUCAGAUAAUCUCCGCGAAUGUGAAUGUGCACGCCCGUAAAAGCUGGAAUCGAAUCGUAGAGGACCGGAAAAGGAAGGAAUUAAUCGUAAUAAUAAUAUUACUAUAAAUAAUAAUAACGCCGUUAUUAAGAGGAUAUAGAAUUGCCGGAUCGUUUCAAUGUAAUAAAGACGUUAAUCUUGCAUGGUACCGUGGGAGUUCUUUCAUACGUAUCAUGCGCAAAGCAUUAUAGGAAUAUUUCAUCCGCGAUCGUACAUCUUUUUUUCAAUAAGGAAUCCAAAUAGAGAUUAGAAGCGGUAUAAUUUUGCCGAAUUUAGAUCUCGACGCUUUUUGGAUGCUGUGAGCGUCCAAAAAAUGGUCUUUAGAUAAGAUGACGAUGGAAACGCAACGAUCGGUGUGAAAUUGAACUCGCCGGUAAAUUGUAUCGAUCUAGAUUUGAUCAGACACAGAGAUUUCAAACACAAACGUGCGAGAAUGGGCUUUCUUCCUGCUCGCGCGUCUGCAGCGGAUAUUGUAUAAAUGUAUACGUUGAAAUUAUACCGAUCCUAAUCUUUGAAUUCGAGUCGCCGGAUAUCGGAGUCAAGAGUAUCUCGACUGAAAACGCAAUAUAGAGAAGUAGAAAAUGCUCUCCAUCCCGUGACUUUCGAGAUCGAGCGCGUUCAAAAGUCCUCGAUUGAAAACCCAGUUAAACGCGGCAAGAUGAGACCUCGUCGUGCGCAGUUUGCAUUUCAUGUACCUGCAUAUAUCGUGUAAAUAAUAUAAUUAUUUUUGAAUGCAAUCUUCUUUUUCAGUUCCAAAGACACGCUCGUCGAGAGACGAGCGUGUUGUGCUAGAAGAAUUUAGCGCGAACUAUUUUCGAACGUUAUUUUAUUUCUCUUUUAUUUUCCGGAUACGUGGAAUUUCUGUAACGUUCAUGAAUUUGUCGUUAAAGAUUUAGAGGCGAAACUUAUAAUUUUAUUAUUAUUUUUUGUUUAACUCUACUUUUAUGUAUGCAGAUUUUUAUUGAAUUUUUCCUAGCGAGUUUACAACUGUAUAUUGUAUGUGUGUAAUCACUUUUGGCAGAUGCGCGCAAUACGUAUACAUGGAACUCUUUGAAAAAGAAAAAAAAGAUCUCUAUGUAAAUGGACACACGGUCGCAAUAUUGUAUACAAUGUCCGUGCCGCAAUCCGAAUUGAGAGGGACGGAGAGGAAGGAGGAGAGGAAAGAUAUCAGUAUCGCAUUAGACGUAAAAACCUUUACAGACAUAAUUUCGCUGAGGGCAUCUCGAUUGUAACAGGAUUUUCUAUGUGAUAUUUAAAUUAAUUUAUGUUAAUUUAAACUAUCCUUAUUAUACCGGACAUUAUAUGGAGCGUAAUCACGAAUCCACGAAAGAAAGAGAGAGAGAGUACCCGUCGCCUCUCCGUGGCCACGAGCAAUUUCGUUAUAUCCGUUCCAUAUUUGGAUGUCGUUCGAGCGAUCGAAUAUCGAAUUUGAGCGAUGAUAUUUCGUACACGUAUCUGCAAUUUGUUAAAAACAUAGUUUUAUAGUAAAUAAAGAGGAUUACGAGAAAA